UGCAUUGUUGUGCCGUCGCUUCUGCACCCGACUUGUUGCGGCUGAAACAUCUGAAUACAAAGCAAAUGCCUGGGAAAAGCAAAUUUCAAGGCGCGUGGCUUCACAACGAAGCUUACAAAGACUGGAUUGCACUAGAUACGACGAGUGAGCACCGUGCAAGAUGCAGGCCUUGCGGAAAGACCUUCGAUAUCACCAACAUGGGCGAGUCAGCGUUAAAGAGCCAUAUGAAGAGUGCUAAGCAUGCUGGCGUCAUGGAGAUUGCAGCCAACAGUUCGGUGCGAAGGUACUUAGUUCCAAGUACGGGGCAACAGUCAGCUGUUCCACCUCCUUCGCAAUCGGGAAAGCUAGACGAUGCUUGCAAGGCACACGAACUGGUGACGAACGCGGAGAUUCUGUGGACUUUGAAGGUUGCCACAUCGCAUUUCUCCUAUCGGUCGUCGUCGGAAGCAGGCCAGCUAUUCCAGCGUAUGUUCCCGGACAGUGGCGUGGCCAAAGCAUUUUCUUGCGGAGAGAAAAAGUGUGCCUAUGUGACGUGCCAUGGUCUGAGGCCCUUCUUUUUAUCUGCUCUGCAACGGGAUAUAAAAGAUUGCGAUUACUACGUGGUACUCUUCGACGAGUCCACGAACGACUAUCUCCAGCGGAAACAAUUGGAUGUUCACAUCCGGUUUUGGAAUUCGUCUCACAAGGUGGCAACGAGGUACUAUACCUCGGUGUUUAUGGGGCACUUGACAUCCGAAGACAUCCAAGGAACGCUGCUGUCUGCGCUCGAGCCUUUCUCUCUUGAGAAAAUUCUUCAGAUUUCAAUGGAUGGUCCCAAUGUUAACCUGAAGUUACUCAAGAAUUUCCAAGAGCACCUGCAUCAAGCACACCAAGUUCAAUGUCUGGACAUUGGGACUUGUGGCCUCCACACCAUGCACAACGCCUACAGGGCAGGUGUUACAGCAAGUAAGUGGGGACUUGACUGUCUGCUCUCCAGUCUGAGCGCGCUUUUCCAUGGUUCUCCUGCAAGAAGGGAGGACUUCUCAGCAGUUACCGGUCAGGAUACUUUUCCCCUGAACUUUGUUGCCCACCGGUGGUUGGAGAAUGUGCCUGUGAUAGAGAGAGCCUUGCUGUUGUGGUGCGACAUUAAGAAGUUUAUUGCAGCUGCAAGGAAGAAGGAAGUAAGCCCCCCAAAGUGUGGAUCAUUUCACAACUUGUGUGAGUUUGCCAGUGAUGACUUACUGCUAGCAAAGCUUCAAUUUGCACUGGGUGUGGCCAUGACCCUCAAGCCAUUCCUCACUGAGUACCAAACGGAUCAGCCCAUGGUGUUCUUUCUUGCAAGGGACUUGGAAACUGUGGUCAGGAAGCUACUGACGAAGUUUCUGAAGUGCUCGGUCUUGUCUUCAGCAAAAGGAGCCACUGGUCUGCUGAUGGUGGACAUUGAAAGCACCGAGAACCACACUCCACUUGAAAAGGUGGAUGUAGGCCAUGCCGCUGAACAGACUGUCAGGAAAACUAAAGCAAGCCAAAAGGACAUGUUCCAGUUCCGCAUGGAAUGCAAACGCUUCUUGAUCAGUGUAACAAAGAAGGUGCUUGAGAGAAGUCCACUCAAAUUCCCAAUUGUUAGGAGUUUGUCCUCUCUGGACCCACGACAAAUGUGUACUAAACCAGAUGAGUGCCUGGCCGGCUUCAGAAGAGUGUUGGAUGCCCUCAUUACAGCGGGCAGAAUGUCUGAGCACCAAAGAGACACUGUACUAGGGGAGUACACUGAGUUCCUGCAGGAAGAGAUGCAUAACCUGCGAAUGUUUGAGAAGAACGUAAACAGGUUGGACGAGUUCUUGACUGAGCUGAUGAAGUUUAAUUCAUCAUGUGGGGAACUAUGGAAGGUUGUCAAACUUUUGCUCGUGCUCAGCCACGGACAGGCCACUGUGGAGCGAGGGUUUAGCGUGAACCGCCAGGUUGCUGUAGAAAAUCUGAAGGACCUGUCGUACAUUUCGCAACGUAUUGUGUGCGACGCUGUGGACAAGGCAGGGGGCGUCCUUAAUGUCCCUAUUACAAAAGAGCUGAGGACUGCUGUAUCAGCUGCCCGGCAGCAGUAUGCUGCAUAUCUGGAAACAGAAAAAAAGAAGCAAUGUGAUGAUGUAAGGGAAUCAAAGAGGCGCUGCAUCGGCGAAGAGAUUGACGCAAUGAAAAAAAAGAAAAAGAAACUCGAGGCAACAAUAGCUGACCUCCAGGCUUCAGCGGAUACCUAUGCCGAAAAGGCAGAAGCAGCUAAUGAUCUGAAGUAUGUGGUCAGAUCAAAUAGUCUGAGGAAGGCUGCACGAAGCAAGACUGAGGAACUGUGUAGCCUCAACCAGAAGAUUCAGGAAAAGCGGCAGGAGCUCCCCUGAAGUUGCCAUUAGCACUUUUGCAGAAUGGAUUGCUGUUCGACAUUGGUGCAAUGCACUGCAGUGUGUUUUUCAAAACGGAACAUAUAUUAUGUUGGUUUAGUGCAAUACAAUCUGUUCCUUGAAAUGUUUUUCUUCGACUUUGUUCAGUAAUAUUAUGUUGGUUUAGUGCAAUACAAGCUGUUCCUUGAAAUGUUUUUUUUUUUACUUUCUUCAGUAAUAUUAUGUUGGUUUAGUGCAGUACAAGCUGUUCCUCGAUAUGUUUUUUUUUUCGACUUUGUUCAGUAAUAUUAUUUUGCUUUAGUGCAGUACAAGCUGUUUCUUGAAAUGAUUUUUUUUUUUCGUAUUUAUUCAGUAAUAUUAUGUUGGUUUAGUGCAAUAUAAGUUGUUCGCUUAAAUGCUUUUUUUUAGACUUUGUUCAGUAAAAUUUGUGUCGAGUCCUUGAAAAUACUCCCACUGAGCCUUGAAAUUCCUUGAAUAUCCUUGAAUUUUCCCCUUUUGAGUCUGUACGAACCCUGCUGCCGCCGUACCAUGCAGAAAAGCUAGCUUUACAGUUUGAAAAAAAUUAUGACACAAGGCCUGCAGUGCAGCACCUUUUAAAGCACUGGGAUUGCUUCUUCAAGCUUUUAACUUGCCUUGACACUAAACAAUAUUAAAAAGAAGCAAUGCUCACCUUCUCUUGAAACAGACUGUUUCUUGCACUCAUCGGGUGCAGAAAAUACUUGUCAAUACUUUUACCAGAUCCUCUGCCUUUCAUUAUGGCACACAGCAGUAGAUCCUAAUGCCAUCUCUCAUAUUAAACUAUCUCUAAUCAACUCAAAAAAAGCUACUUUAUCCUAUAAAUCUUUUAAAACAAAUUUUUCAGUCUCUUGCAGAGGCUAGGAAAGGGAGUUAUGCCAUUUAGCGUUGCAGCUGCCACGUAUGCUUGUUGUUUACCUUUCUUGCACCGCUCCUCCACCUCUAAUUUCACUAUUCAAAUGCAAAAC